AUUUAGGGCCCCCAUUUUGAUCCUCAGCUCCUACUACACCCCAGGUUUGAAACGCACGGGGCGCCCGCUCAUCUUUCUCUCUAUGUGAGACAACUUCUGUGCCAGCUGCAGAGAAUUGUGCUCAUAUGUGCCCUCGCUGCAACGCCUUGGCGUGUUAUGAUGUUGCUUACAAACAUUGGUGCAUUGCUCUGUGAGAUUGGCUCCUGCUGUAGUAUGCAAGUCAGGCCUGUUUAAGUGAAGCAAAAUGUGCUCCAGCAGCGAACCGCAUUACCACACGUGUUGUGAUGAUCAUGAGGAUCAUGCUGCAGAGUGCAGAAGCAUGUCCUGCUACUGUUACCCUGGGCCAAACCCGCCGAGGUACAGGAACGGAGAUAGGAGUAAUGGCCACAACAAUGGGUGGCACGACGACGGCAGGACUAAGAAGAAGAAGAAGCUGGGGGGCAUCUGGGAUGAGAGCGAGACGAAGGAGCGGGAGAAGCUCAAGGAGUUCUGGCUGGGGCUGGGCGACAGUCAGCGGCAGUCGCUGCUUAGGAUUGAGAAGGAGUCCAUCCUGCGGGAGAUGAGGGAGCAGCAGCGACACAUAUGUUCCUGCAGCGUGUGUGGCAGGAGAAGGACCGUUUUGGAGGAGGAGCUGGAGCUGCUGUACGAUGCUUACUACUCGGAAUUGGAGGAUCGAGGGGACUCUGGGGAGAUCGAUAUUGAGAUGAUUGACUAUCAGUCUGACGAGGUUGAUCUGUCCUUGAGUCUGAAAGCUGUGGAGGGAGGCGUCCUUACAGUGGCCGAUGAUCUCCUCAUGGAUGAUGGCCGCAAGUUCUUUUCCCUCAUGGAGAAGCUCGCAGACGGCCGUGCGCAGAAUGGGUAUGAGCCGAUGCCCGACCAGUACGGUUAUGGGGAACAGGAAGGGGAGUACGAUGAUGAGAACUACCAGGAAGAGGACGAGGAGUUGCUGGAGGAGCAGAGAAUCGAGGAGGGGCGCCGAAUGUUUCAGAUGUUCGCGGCUAAGAUGUUUGAGCAGCGCGUGCUUGCGGCCUACAGAGAGAAAGUGGCGCUUGAGAAGCAAGAGCAGCUGAUGCAGGAGGAGGAAGAGGAGGAGAAGCUGCAGGCGGAGAGAAGGGAGAACAAGGCUCGGAAAGAGAGGGAGCGGAAGCAGAAGAAGAAGGAGCUGAAGAAGCAGCUGGAUCUCGAGAAGGAGCGGAAGAGGGUUGAGAAGGAGCAAGAGGAGCAGGCCCUGCGAGAGAAGGAGCAACGAGAGAGGGAGGAGAAGCGGAAGGAGAAGCAGCGCCAGAAAGAGGAGGAGAAGAAAAAGAAAGAGGAGGAGGGGCGACGCAAGAGCCUAGAGUUGAAGGAGAAGGAGAGGGCCAGGGCAGUGAAGGAAGCAAAGGAGGCAGCGGAGAAGUUGAGAGGGGCAGCAGAUGAGGGGAAGACGCAGGCGGCUGAGAAGGGGGAAAGUGUAGUGCUACUGGCGAAGGAGGCGGAGCCUAAGCAGAGCAAGAGCAGUAAGAAGAAGGCAAAGAAGGAGAAAGCGGCGAUGGAGAGCAGUGUGGCAGAGGUGCCGAGAGCGGCUGUGGACGAUAGGGAGACGGCAGAAGGGUGGGAAGUGGCCCACGGGAAGCACAAGAAGAAGCCGUCAGCCGCACAAGAGCCAGUGAAGGAGGGGGUCGAGCCUCAGGCGAAGAAAGCGGCUGAUGAAAGUUUGGCGGCCCUCCGAUCCACUAGCGCAGCGCGACACUACGAGCAGAACGGCACGCACCAUCCGCCCUCAUCAACCGCACCCCCUGGAUUUCAGCAGCCCCAUAAAUCUUCCCCCGUCAAGGGAUCCCCUGUCACCCAAGCCAGCCCAUCCCCCCUUCCUGUCAAAACCGUCCCCCAAGCUGCACCGACUCAAAGGGUUGCCAGCUUCGAUCCAUCGACCAGCAUUCGGGUUGUUGUCGCCAACCCCUCAUACCGGAGUGGGGAAGAGCCGCAGCGUCAAAACGGGGGGAUCCCCCCAGGUUGGGCAAAGCCAGGUCACGGGAACGGUGCGAACGGGCCCUGGAACGCGCAGGUGGCGAGGACGAAGCCGGAGCUCACGUCAGCGCACCCGCAGUUUGUCACCCCGCAAGCUAACCACACCCUGGCCCACCCCUCAAUGAACCCUGCCGCUGGCCCCCCCUUUGCGCAGGACGUUCCCGGGGUGCGAGUUCGCGAGUCUUUGGUCAUCGAUGUCGACCAGGAGCUAAGCUCGUCCAUGGAGCACUUGCUUCCAGGGGGGCUGCUUUCGGCAACCGGGGACACCCCCCGGGGCCUGAACGUGUCUGGGUUUGAGGACGAGUUUGGCCGGUUGCAGCUGCUCGAAGGUCGGCUCCCUGUGCCUGGCAUCGUCGCCGCCCGAGAUCCUUUUGGGGGGCCGGUCGGACCCCCCCGGCAAGAGACAGAGCCCCCCUUCCACGACGCCAACGGACACUUUCGUCAGGCCAGCGGGUCGGCGAGUCCGGAGAGCCUCGGCAGCCCGGACUCGACGUGGAGUUUUGGGCGGCGCCCCGGGUCCGGGUCCAACUCGUCCGGGAAGCUCUCGCGGCCCCCGUCGGCGGACGUUGGGCGGCCAUGGUUGUACGCAAACGGGGGAGAGGAGCACUUGCGGUUUGACGGCGACGGGUUCGGCCGGGCGUCGCGGCCACAGUCCGGGAAUCGAAUGCUGGGUCCCAUCGGAAAGGCGGCACGGCAGGAUAUUCGGGUGAGUUGGGACGGGUCUCAAGGCAUGCUGGGGGAGCCCCCCCUGUUCGAGAUGGUGCGGAGUGCCUCCCACUCAGCCCUCCCUGCACCUGCCGGGUCCUCUCCUCCAGGGGGUUUCCUCGGCAGGCCGAACCAGCACCCCCCAGCGUUCCAGCCGCGCUGGGAGCAACCCCCUCCGGCCGUGCUGAAGCCCUCUUGGCCGCCUGGCAAGGCGCAUGGGCCGUUUGAGGCGCGGCUCGAGGCGGCGAUCCUGGUGCUGAGGUCAGCGGUCGCACGGCAGGACGCUUCGGGGCUGCUGGCGCAGCCCCUGAGCCUGAGCGCGUUCUGGCAGUCGCUGCUGGCAAUCGACGGGAGCUUGCUGAACGAGGGGAUCACCCGCGCACACAUCCUGGCGAUCUGGGUAGAGCUCGCGAAGCAGCAGAUCGUGCGCGUCGGGCACGCCGACGCCACCCGCCCGAACGAGCCGUUCAUUCUGGCGAUGCUGCCGCCCCCCUUGCCGGAGCGGAACGGGAACAAGCUCGGGGUGUGUCUGCUGUGCAACGAGGCGCUUGCGUCGGUGCAGCUGCGGCCGUGCUUGCACCUCACGUGCGUCGGCUGCACGAGCCAGCUGGCCGCGCAGGCGGACUUCGGCGAGCUCUGCUGUCCAUUCUGCGCGGCCGUCGUGCAGAGCAGCGCGACGCUCGGGCCCGACGGGCACUUUCUCCCGUCGGAGCAUCCUCACCCGGAGGGGGGGAGGAGAGACGAGCAUUCGCACCCCCUCAUGCGGAGAGCAGAGCCCGAGCACCCGUCCAUUCGGAGAACAGAGCCCGAGCACACACCCCCGAGGCAUAAGGCGCACCAGAUGAAGGAGAGUCGGCCGAGCCCAGCCCCCGGAAGCGGAGCGGAUGCGCGGCGGGUAUCAACGCCAAUCGACCAGGAGUGGCCGACGCUGGAAGCCGCCGUCUCGGCAGGGGCGUCCCGGAAGGUCGAAGCUAGGCCUCUUUCUGCGGGGGCCACGAAGCCGGUUGCGAAGGAGGGCAACGGGGCGAACAGUAGACCGCCGUCGAGCAAUGGCUCGGCGGGCGGGGAGGUGUUGAGAAAGGCUGGAUGGGGAAGCGUUCCGAAGGCCGGUGCUAGCCCCCUGCCGGAGACGAAUGCAGCGGCAAAUGGGAACAGCAAGGCGCUGCCGCACGAGAGCUCCGCAUGGCCGCCCUUGCAUGUGGCAACGAAGGGUCGAGGAAAGGGCAGCGGAGAACGGUGA